AUGGCUAUGCGCUUGAUGCCGGCUGCCACAACUGCGGCCACUGGCGAUGUAGCAAAAGUGGACGGCCCCCCACAGCAUUCUCGGGACUCGGAAACCAAGCAAGGAGACAUCCUUGACCAGAGCACUGUGCCUUUUCCUUCGUCGAAUCGGGGUGAAAUACAGUUUGUCCACUACACUGACUCGGGAAGCAACACUGUGUAUCUUGACAGCCCACGCUCUUCUGUUAACAAAGCAUCCAACACAGAGGAGAAGCUCGAUCUAGGGUUUGAUUCUCGAGGGAUUGCCCCAGGCCAAGGUGUCGAGUCGUUGCCGGAAGACGAGCCCCAUCAAGCCCACCCAGCACUGUCGCCUCUCAGCGCAACCUUUCAAACAAACGCCGGCGACACCCGCGAGGUUCUGGAAUGGAGAGAGGAGAAUGACGCUUCUGAGCAUGAAUCCACAGAUUCUGAUGUCUAUACUCCAACAGACUCGGAGGCCUCAUCGUCGACAUUAAGCUACCGGGAGAGGGAUGCCGAGACCCCCGGAAUGGCUGGAGGCUUGGAGAGAUUGGAUUUCGAAGACACUAGAGGGAUAAACUCAAGUGAAGAUCUCUCGUCGUUCGUCGAAACUCCCGGGGAGGAUCUGCUCGAGCUGCCUUGGUUCCAUCGGAAUGUUCGACGCAUCUUGCGGGACCUGCUGCAGCAAUGGCGCGAUAUCCGAAACGCAACUCAUCAUCGUCAGCCCAAGACACACUCCGCGAGAUCUAUCCAGCAAGGCAUAGUACCACAGCAGCAACAAGGCCCCGGCGGCGGAAAAAGAAGAAGAGAGCGAGCCGACUCAACUGAUGAAGCCGAGCGCGGGGACACAUCAGCAGGUCCAUCGAAACGUGCCAGGCGACCCAAAGGAUCAGAAACCUCCCGGCCAUUCUCGUGUCCAUUCUGCAAAAAGGAUCUCCGGCGGUAUCAAGCGUGUGUUAGAUUCGAGCUGACUAGGGUUCGACAUGUCAAGCAGCACCUUCACCGGAAACACGAGGACGAAAUUGACGACUCGGUGAGGAAUCGACUCAGGCAGAGAUCUGCACCCGGCACUGAAGAGGAACAAUGGUAUAGAAUAUUUGAUCUUUUGUUUCCUGGACACACUCCCCGACCUACCUCACCGUACAACAACUUCACGAUUUCCGAACAACCGCCCCAGGCAUCACCCGGGGGUGUUCCGAUCGACGAAGCACUGUAUGUUCCUGGAGAACUUUUGACAAGAGUGUCCAUCGAAGCUCUUCAACAGUCUCUGAUCGAAGACCCGGUGUUCGCUGAUGUCAGGCCGGAGGAUAUCCGGAGCGCUUUGGACCGUGGCUUGGACCGAGUGUCUAGGGGCCAAAUAUCUCGACAAAGCAUGCUCACCGAGACUAUGCACGCCAGAACCGAACAGAGCUACCUAGCGGAUAACCGGGGUUCUGCACAGAUUUCGUACAAUCCCGACCAUGCAGUGGCGCAAGAUCUCCCAGAUGCCUAUCCCAGCGACGAUCAGGAGGCCCUAAACGAACGUCGAAGGUCGAUUACUAUUCCGUUAGAUUCCAUUCAAAGUCUAGACACACCACAUGAUGAAGUCGGUGAGGCUGUCGUAUGGGAGGAGCUCCUGCAAGAUUCGAACCUGAAUAUUGAGGGAGUGGCCCAAGACCAGCAACUAAGCCUUGGCAGCCAAUUAGAACUAUCUUCCACAGAAGACGAGAUGCAGCUGGGUCCGGAGUGGGACCAUCUGUGUGAUGCGGACUGGUGUCUGGAUGCCCCAAUUGAAGAUGGAAGGUCCCCCGGCCACGACUAG